GCUGUACACAACAGCAAUGGCAUCAGGCCACCACAAAAAGAUUCACAAGAAGCUGUAUUCCAAGUAUGGUAGACCAGGUAGCAUUAUACAACUUGAAACGGUUCUAAUCAAAAAAUUGAACCAGCAAGAGUUUGAGCUAUUCCAGCAAAAAGUCCUUGAAGAUCCGCCGCCGACGGAAACCCGUUACGUAGAGUCUCUCUUUGUUUUGUUUAUUUCCAACACGUUUAAAAAAGAAGGUAAGUAUACAAAACUGGGGGAGAUUCUCAACAAAAUAAAAGAAAACGAGCGUUUUAAUUUUAAAAUCCUCGUUUGCCGAUUGGCGUUUCUGAAAGUACAGGGACUUAAUCCAGAUAGCGUAGAACUCUCAAAUGCUCUACUUCAACAAGGACUGGAGUCUUUCACUUCGGCAGACGCUCUGGGUCUCAUUGAUGUCAGAACCCAUCACGAUGAGCCUUACUCGGCUGGCAAUGGAUAUUGCUUCAUAGACGUACUAAUUCAAAAAUUUCUUGCGGCUGUUUUUCUAAUCUGGGAGCCCCUCAUGGUGCUCUUGGAUUUUAUAAAACAACACGUCAUAAGUCAGACCAACAAACUAACAGAAGAUGGAGGCGAGAUUGGAAGAGAUUGCAGUGAAGUCCUUACGUACGUAUUUGGACUAGCAAAAUGUGGCCUAAACGAUAGUUUAUCUGACGCUUUGCCUUCAAUCAUCCAGUUUAUGUGUCAGACUAUUGUCACUACUGAGCCUAUUAUUGAUGACAGAAUAGCACUUGUUAUUUUAGCAUGUCUUCGGCAAGCACAAGAUUUUACACUGUGCAGAAAGGUUCACCAUGAACAUUUUAAGCGGCAAAUCUUCUCAUACAAAUUUAGUUUUUUAGAUUUGACGGAUUUAGCCUAUUACUUGUCCUGUACAAGCUCAGAGCAGCAGUCGUGGACUAUAUAUUAUAGUGACAAAGUUACUGGAAAUUCCAUUUCCUCAUUUCUUGGUAGUAUCUACCAGCAAUACAAGAUAACUGUGCAUUCUAAAUUGCAGCCUGACAUCACAAUGAAAGAACAAGGAAGAAUUGUCAUUAGCAAUAGAAAUCUCGAUCACUUGAAGAGUGUUUUACUUUCAUCAGUAGCUUCUGUCCAUUCUGAUAUGUCAAUGGUACUGGGAAUGGAGGCUAUGCAAGAAGGAAUGUCACCAACUCCUCAUUUACCUUCUGCUGAUCCUUCUAGUACUCUGUCGUCCUUAGCUUCUCCUUUACCGUAUAAGUUUGGUUAUAUUUCAAAAGAGAAGUAUGAAGCAAUGCAAACCGCAGAAAACGUCAUGUAUUUUAACAUGGUCAAAGACGUCAUGGCUACUUCGCUCCAGCCUUAUUCAAAGCAACCGUUAGAGUGCCAGUAUCGUAAAGCUGACCAUAUUUGGAUCACUGGUAGUCAGUCCUUGAGACAUCACUUUUAUAAAAGUGUUCUCAUUGCACCUUAUGUCCCCAUGCACUGGGUUAAGGUCAAGCAACCUGAUGGGAAUCCUGAGCUGGAAGCAAAAUAUGAAAGAAGAGCAAAUGAUGAGAUGUCAUUACCUACAGUCUCGCCUGAGACUUCAGAAAUAGUUCUUCUUAAUUCUCAUCGCUACACUCAAAUAGCAAUCACCACUUUAACGGGUGAACAAUCAGUAAUUUCUUUAUAUAAUAAUUCAGAGGAGGCUGAACCCCCUGGUUUUAUCGGCUGCGAUUAUCUAGCGCCUAGUCAUGAGUUAAAAGGGAAGGUUCUCUGGAAGGAACUCAAACCGUUUGAUAUUGUGAAAGAUGAGAGAGUCGGAAGAGAGUUACCACUUCCCUCAAAGAGAGGGACUGAGUCUGGGGACAUGACAGCAACCACUGCAUCUAAAGCUUUGGAUGAGGAUCCUGACAGGUUUAAACCAUCUACUCGACCAACCAGUUCAGUUUAUGAUACGACUAAGAGUACAGCUGGUGGUAUCCGUCCACUAGGUGUGACUACCGCCAACGAGCAACAGAUUAAGAGACAGGCUUUAGAGGCUUUUGAUACUGCUGGUCAAUGCUUUUAUGGUGAUAAUAUUAAAUUCUUCAGUGGAAAGGUUUAUACACAACCUAAUGCAUUACCAGGAGCAAGAGUGUUGAGGGAAGGAGGGAAUGGACUUAUAUUAGAGAUAUAUUAUGAAGGCAUAAGCUUGUAA